AUGUCCGAUAGUAAUUGGAUGGCUAGUCUCCCCACUCUUCAGUUUCAAUCCGGAAUGAAUAAGCCAAAAAAGACAACUAGAAAUCAGAAUCAUGAUGAUGCAUCUAGCGAGAAGAGGGUUAAGACUUGUGGCAAUGGUGGUUGGGGACAUUGGUCAGAUCUUAACCAUCAGCUGCUUUUUGUAGUCAUGAUGCAACUGGGAUUUUUUGAUUAUCUUUCAUUCAGGGGAGUUUGUAAGUCAUGGAGAUCAUUUGCAAUCUCUAACAAGAAACCAUUUAUGGAUUCCAAACAACCCAUGACCUUGCAUGUGACUUGGCGUUCUUAUAAGAAACCCUGCUAUUUAGAAGACUUUGAAGGAAAAAAGUUGAAAACCAUUCUUCCCCGUUUUGCUGGUGGGGUCUGUGUUGGAUUAACUUCUGGUUACUUGAUCUUCUUUGCAAGGACAAGCCGUGAAUUCUGGCUUGUGAACCCUAUCACAAGGCACCAACUCCAUUUCCCUGAUUUCCCCACUGAGUUCAACUACCCUAGUGAACUAGAUGUCAAGGGUAUUCUUGUCUUUUCACGUUCACUACAUCGGUGGGUCUUUCUUGUAAUACGUAAGUUCUGGAGUAAAAUAUGGUUUUCUGUAGCGGGUGAAGGAGAUUGGGAUUCUGCCUCUUUCACAGAUCUAUCCUUCACUGAUUUACGUGCUUUCAAGGGGAUGAUAUAUACCCUAAACUUCAACCGCAGUAGUAAUUCACACGAACUACAUGAACUCAGACUUAACCCUGAGCCUGAGUUGACUUUAGUUGAAACCAAGAAUUCUUUGAAGUCCCCCCAAUUUCAUGAGAUGGAGCUUGUAAGUUCAGGUGAGAACUUGUAUGUGAUGGAUUGCCUUCGACCAAAGGAUAAUCCAAAUGACAUCUAUAGGUUUCAAGAACUAGAUUUUGAUGAAAUGAAAUGGGUGACACGUGAAAAGACAGUUGGAGAAAAUGCGUAUUUUCUUAGCAACUUGAAGCAUGGUGUUGCUGUGACAUCAAUGUUUUGGGGGAGUGGUGGGCAAUGUCUGUUAUUAGGUCACAAUGCAGGUGAUAAGCUGAAACUGAUGGUAGCAGAGAGACCAAAUUCCUUUACUACGCACAUGUGGUACUUCCCCCAUGAAUGUUUGAAUGUUGAUCGUGUAGAUGAUUGAUAGAGUUUGUGUUUGUGGAACAUUUUAAGAUGUUAUGAACCACCAUUGUUGGAUUUGCAUGAAUUUGGUUUAAGAUUUUUGGGAUUUUGGUAUUGUUGAUUUGUUGCUAUUGAAUUGGGAAAUGAUAAAAGUUAUUGAUUUGAAGGUGGAUUUUGAAUUUGGUUUAAGAUUUUUUUGAAUGUUGGAACUGAUAGAAGUGAGAAAAGCAAGCCCUUCUACUACGAACAUGUGGUACUUCCCCCAUGAAUAUUUGAAUGUUGAUCUCAUAGAUAAGUGAUAGACUUGUUAGC